CCUCUCCCUCGGCUAAUUGAUGCCUGUCGUUUUGAGCUUCUCAACGGAUGUUGCUACAGGCUUAAAUUUUGUGGGGCAUCUUAAAGCAAAGAGAGUUGAGCAGCCUGUGGAUAAGAUCAAGGAGCAUGAUCCACGUGCUGGAAGUGAUGUGGAAAAUGACUGUGUACUAAAGAUGGGCCGUCGAGCUCGCCAGGAUUUCUUUCCGGAUGAAAGCCUCAGCCGGAAGAAUUCCUCUUCCGCCUCUGCUGGAGAGGGGCCACCUCCUAAACCCCCACGCCGGCAAGGAGGUUGGGCAGAUGAUCCAGUACUGGCACCUAGCAAGUCAGGAAGAAAGCAUGCAGAAGAAGUAGAAGACCAUCGUCUCAGGCAGCAGAGCCUGGAGGCAUCAGAUGAUGGAGGAGACAUUCCCGUGAUCCCUGACUUGGAGGAAGUCCAGGAGGAAGAUCUGGCUAUGCAAGUGGCAGCUCCCCCCAGUGUCCAGGUGAACAGAGUGCUGACUUACCAUGACCUGGACAAAGAUCUUAUGAAGUAUGCUGCCUUUCAGACUCUGGAUGGAGAGGUUGACCUGAAGCUUCUCACCAAAGUUUUGGCUCCAGAGCAAGAACUAAGAGAGGAUGAUGUCAGCUGGGAUUGGGACCAUCUCUUCACAGAGGUGUCCUCAGAACUAGUGACUGAGUGGGACCUGGGACAGUCUGAGAGAGAGGACCACCUCAGUCUGCCCUAGAGCACUGGCACACAAGCCAUCUCCUCGUACACACAUCCCCUGUAAAUAAUUUAGCACUUUAAUUUUCUAUUCACAUGUUUGUAUUUGAAAAUUUAUUUCAGACAUGGAAAUAAAUAUAAGCUUCAUAGGAAGACUGGCUCGGGUAUUGGGGUGUUUUGUAAUCAGAGCCUUCGUUCUCAAAAGAGAUUAAGAAUUCCAAGCACAAUAAAAUACUUACUUAUGAACA